ACAUCGUUUGCUAGGUUACCACGGAGGAGCCAUCAUUUCCAUCACAAUGUUAUCAAAAACUAUCACGUGAGAUGUUGUGGAAAAACAUAAAAGAUGUUGGAGAUGACUUUCAGAAAAAUAAUUGUCCAUGACGUAUGUGUCUAUGGUUGGACAUUGUUAGCAGUUAAUUCACUAAUUAGAGUGUGCCUAAAAGUUCACAGGGCCAAAGAAAAACACAUGUUUUGGAAAAGUGGAGCAGGUGUGAAUGAGGUGUUAAUGUCUGAGGGUACAGUUAAGCUGCAACCUUUGUGUCUAUUAAAAGCAGCGACCCUGUACAUUAUCCCUAAACCUACAGCUGUUAUCCUUACUGCUUUUAAUGUCAUGAUGAUGAUGAUGAUGAUGAUGAUGAUAUUAAGUAGCAGAACACAAAAUGUCAUAUCCACCAACCCAUCUAUAGUGCUUAAUACAUAGAAAAUACUCACAUGAGAUACAGGUCGGAGAGGAAUAUGGAUGAUGGUGCUCUGAACAGGCAGAAAAAGGUAUGACAAUAUGAAGUAGGGAGGGGAUUUGUAUCCUGUGACGUUUAAUGGAUGCAAUGGAGACACAGCAUUCUUUCCUUUUUUAGAAAUAUGAGUAAUAUUGGGGAGGUGCAGCAUAUUUAGGGAGGUAGAGUUGGCUCCAAUCCGUACCAUUCAACAGCAGUCAAACAUUUGAAAAAGGCUAGAUUACUUACUGUGAUUAGACCACCAUGGCUUCACAAAAGCAAGUGCCCAAAAAAGAAGGAAAACCAACCCCAGCUCCAAAGGAAGAACCAGCACCUGGAACAGCAGAACCAGCAUCAGCAGCACUAGAAACAGUUGCUUCUGCCCCAACUGCAACGCCAGAUUCAGCUACAAAAGCCCCUGAAAAAGCCAGCCCUGCUCCUGGGCCAGCCCCAGUGGCAGCAGCCCCAGAACCAGCCAACGCACAAGCUUCUCCUCCAAAUGCUGCUGUAGGUAAUCUCAGUGCUGAACAACUUGAAGAGUUCAAAGAAGCUUUCCUGUUGUUUGCCAGGACUCCCUCAGGGGAGAUGAAGAUAUCACUAGCUCAGUGUGGGGAUGUGAUGAGAGCUUUGGGCCUGAACCCAACUAAUGCUCAAGUCUUGAAUGUUCUAGGGAAACCAAAGCCUGAAGAGAUGGAAUCCAAACUGGUCGACUUUGAGACUUUCCUGGCUAUGUUUCAACAAGUUUCCAAGUCUACUGAAAGGGGAACAUUUGAAGAUUUUGUAGAGGGCCUUCGGGUCUUUGACAAGGAAGGCAAUGGAACAGUCAUGGGGGCUGAACUCCGUCAUGUGCUUGCUACUUUGGGUGAGAGGUUGUCUGAGGGUGAAGUGGAUCAGUUGCUGGCAGGGCAAGAGGACACAAAUGGUUGUAUCAACUAUGAGGCUUUUAUAAAACAUGUCAUGGCAAGCUGAGUGAUUGUUUCUGGUACAGCAGCAGCCUCACAUGGAUGUCAGCGGAAGUUAGACGAAGGUCAUGUGUGAGAGCUGACAUCAAUAAAACAACAUUUUUGUAAAAUAUUACUACUAAUUAAAUUCACUCUGUUCUUCAA